AUGCCUUUAUGGGAUGUUUAAGGUUUUUAUUUUUGAUGUUGCAAUAUGAGCUGCCAUUAGGGGCCUCUCCUACCAAAUUUCUUUGAGAGGCCCCAACAACUGCCUGGUUUGCCUCUCCUGACGGUGCGCCUCUGGCAGAGGUCCCAGACAUCGUCACGACUGUAAGUAACUCCGAGAGAACAGUGGGAGAGAACUGUCAUGUUUGUGAUUUCUCCACAGCACAAUCAUCAGUCAGUGUAGCUUCAUUUAGGCUUUUCACCUAUUUGGUGUUAGCUUGUUUUACCAGCUCAUGUAAGCUGAGACACUAACUUCUCUGCCUGUCUUUGUCUUGGGACAAGGUCAGUCACUGGAGCUCACAUGGGUGCCUUAAACCUCAGUGGCCUACAUCUGAAGGGAGCUCAAUACAAGUGGACAAGACCUCAGUGUUUCUGUGCAGUGUGAAAGAAUACAGCUAUAUAUAUUUUAAAUGUAAUUCACUUGGUUUGUGGAGACUUGGCCUGUAACCUUCUUUUUUCUCCCUUUCUUCUUCUUCUUCUUCUUCUUCUUCUUCUUCUUCUUCUUCUUCUUCUUCUUUGAGACUAACCUUCCAUGUCAGAUUUUCGCCGUUUUGAUCUCCAUUUUUUCCCGUCCUGCCUUCCUGCGGCAGCUGACCGCACUGUGUUGGGAGAGGAGCCCAGGGAAACAUGAUCAGGACAUCAGAUGAGUCAACAGCACCAACCUUGGCAUAUAAAUUAGUUAUUUCUGCGAUUAGUUAGAAGAAAAAGAAAAAAAAACUCCCCAGUAAUUUCACCAUAGGCCUGUUUGGCUCCGACCGAUGACGGAAGCAGCGACCUACUGACGUCUCAGGCCCCUGAUCGAAUCUGAUGUCCCCCCUCCUCGCUCCAUGGGAAACAUCCAGGUGUAUAAAAUGGUAAGAGACCUGGAAGGGAGAAAGACAGAAAAACAAAGCGAGUCAGGAGGCAUCAGCUGAGUGGAGAUACAGCAGCUCGAGAUCAGGACUUUGGAGAUCGCAGCGGACAGAGCCGAAAGCAGACAACUUUCUCUAACGCAAAUGUGUAAAGCGAUGUUACAACGGACCGGACCCCAGCUGCUCUUCCUAAUAGCCCUGUGCAGUGUGUUGUACUCACGGACCCUGAGUCUGCCAUACACAUCCAUGAGACCGUCGAGACACGCAGACGGUCUGUUCACCAGCGGAUACAGCAAACUGCUCGGGCAGCUCUCAGCACGGAGGUACCUGGAGUCUCUGAUCGGGAAGCGAGUCAGUGAUGAGCUGAUGGAGGAGCCAGUGAAGCGCCACUCAGACGCCAUCUUUACAGACAACUACAGCCGCUUCCGCAAACAGAUGGCCGUCAAGAAGUACCUGAACUCAGUCUUAACAGGAAAGAGAAGCCUAGAAGAUCCUGGAACCAGCGACCCUGAGGAGUCCAGGGACGAACCCAGCACCUUCCAGGAGAGCUACAACGACAUCAAUGUAGAUCACCUCCUAAACAACUUUCAGCUGCCACUUUGAGGAGGGGCCCACGCUCAAGAUACCUCAAGUCAUCCUCAUGAAACCGCCCAUUCCAAAAACAACACAAUAUUAAUCCAAAGGACUUUUGAAAGUCAAGUCAGCCAACGAUGAUGUGUUCUCCAACGUGGUUAUCUAUUUAUUCAUACACACAGUACAUGUUUACACUGUAUAUAUGCAGUAUAUAUACAUUACUAAUCACUAAAGAUUCUGGCCCAAAGACUCUGCGGGCUGCACUGAACAACAUGCGUGUCCACUUGCCGCUUGGUCAUUAGCGUUUGAAAAAAAAAAGACAACUGGAAACAAUAAAAGCACUACUUUCUUUCUAAGAUCCCUGUUGUUCUAUCAUAACUUUCAAUGUAGUGAUUUAUACCCAAAUCGCUUUAAGAAAGCACUGUCUUAUUCAAUUUGAGUAAAAUUUGUCCCGUCAACUUUAAGGCAAACAUUUGACCCACUGAAUGUCAAUAGAACAGUUUUCACUUUGAAGAGUGUACAGUGUGGUGCACAUACCCAGUUAUUUUAAUUGGCUUUAUUGUAACUUUAGAUUUGAGUGACCAAUGUUGUUCAAUUAACUAUGAAUAGAAAACAUGUCGAUUGAAAUCUCAAGAAUUUUCAGUCAAUUUCAUUAGAUUUCCGGGGAUAACACAUCCAGAUAAUCUCUAAUGCAAUGUUAGCACCACUGUCUUUCGGUGGAAUCUUUGCAGAAAUGUAAAUUGAACUUAAAAUAAACUACAGCUGCAACUGCUUUUAAUAAGAUGAUACUUGUUUGGUAUAAAAUGGAAUUCACUUUGUCACAUUUUAAGUGUUAAUAGAAUCAUUUCCCCUGAUGGUGGAACAUCAAUGGAACAUUAUUCACUUUCAAUACAGCAACUGUCCCAUUGAAUCUACAUGGAUCUAUUGUCACUUAGCCUUAUGAGAUAAAAAAAAAACAAAAACAUAUAUAUCAAGUUAAAUUUGAAUGUGUGCUUGAAUUCUUAAAUUCACCAGUAGUUCCAUUUACCUUCAAUGGAGUACUUGUGCCACUUGUACAACAUUCACUGGAACAACUAUUGCAAUAUAUGCGAUCAAAACAAAUCCUAUUGAACAUCAAUGGAAGCAGCAUUUACUUUAACAACAGAAGCUUUCCCAUUGAAUUUCCACCAAUCUUUAGUCUCUUUAGCUUUAAGAGACCAAAAUGUGUCCAAUUAAGAUUUGAAUGUGUGCUUAAAUUACGGCUCGGACAGUAGUUCCAUUUAUCUUCAUGGGCGAACUUCUACAAUUAAUCUUCAGUGGAACAGGAGCACCGUCAGCUUUCAGUGAAAUCACUGCUUUGAAAGAAUUUCAACAGAAUUUUGUCAUUUUCAACUUGAUCUAUUGACUUUGAAAAGGCAUAUUUCUCCUUAUAACGUUCAAUGGCACAAUUUGAUUGGAAUUUAUCCCAUUUACUUCCAGUUAAAUGUCUGGCCCAUUAAAUGUCAAUGGAACAAGUAUUUUUUUAUUUAAUUAAUUGUUUCUACCAGCUUUUUCGUGUUAAGUGAAACAUUUAAUGGAACAUCUGCCUGAUUUGAUUGCAUUCGGAAUAAUUCCACCAAUAUUUCCAUUAACUUUCGAUGGAGAACUCUCGCACCAUUGGUUUUCAGUGGAAUCGCGGACUUAUAAAAAUUCUGUUGUCCCAUUUACAUUUAAUAGAACAAUAGUGUCAUGAAAAUACAAUUAAGUGAUUGAUUUUGUUUAAUUGGGAUUACAUUCAGUAGAUGUAGUGUUCAAUUGUACAUGGGUCAAUAAAUAUCAACGAUUGGCAGUGACAUCAAUUUUCGAUGGUGCAGUCAUGAUGUAAACGCUGACAGAGUUGUUUUACAGAACCCAAACACGGUCAUGAAAAGAUCCAGGAGGAGCAAGAAGAAGUGGAACACAUUUUGAAUGGACACAGAUGCAUAUAAUCACUUUAUACUAUUCAAUAUGUAGGGCAAAGUCGUUAUAACUGAGCAUACACCUGCCUUUAGUGCAUAUAGUGAUGUACACCACUCACCAAAUAAAAGAUAUUGGUUUAUUUUUCAA